CAUAUGUGCAGGCUACGCCCUGCUCUCCGCCGUUGUCGUGGCAAUGCCGCGUAGCCCAGCCACCACGGCCGGAUCCGCCUGGACCUUCUUCUUCCUGGACCAAGUGUUCACUUACUUGAUCCUCGCGGCUGCCUCUGUCUCUGCCGAGGUGCUUUACCUUGCUUACAAGGGAGACCUAGACAUCACAUGGAGCGCAGCUUGCGGCUCGUUUGGUGGGUUCUGCCACAAGGCCACGGCUUCCUUGGUUCUGACAUUCAUAGUUGUUCUCUUCUUUAUCAGUAUCUCGCUUGUCUCGUCUUACAAGCUGUUCAGCAGGUUUGACGCCCCUGUUCUCAGUUGCUCAGCUGCUGCUGCCAAAGGAGGGCUAGAGAUUGCUGCUUUUUAGAACUUGGAAUCAUAUGUAUACGUUGUCAUCAGCAUAUAUCAUAUAUCUGUAAUGUACGAAUAAGUUACAGACCAAGAA